AUGAAAACUGAACAUGAGGAGUUGCUCACGGAACAACACGACCACCACGAUGGGCAAUCAUUACAGUUUCCAACGGCAACAGAUGAACAAUUCGGAAAAUGUGAUGAUCAGCAAACGUUAAACGAAAAUCAAAGAUUCUUUCAACUCAUUGAAGCAAGAACUUCCGAUGAUGAAACACCACUUUUAUAUGUAUUAUCACAAUCAAACAAGACCAAAUACAUGCACAGAAUACAUCAAUGGAUCAUUAUACAUGGAUACCGAAUUAUGAAAAAUCACAAAUUCAAUCAAGUGAUAAACAAGUAUUUCCCUUUUAUGAGUCAUACAAAUUUUAAAAUUUUAUUAUUUCUAUCAUUGGUGGGCUACUCUUAUUUUAAGAUGAAGAAUCUCACUCCUUCCAAUCAUCAACUCUAUAGGAUGAUCGAUAAUAUUUUAUUCGUUCUAAUUAUUGUGGUCAAAAACUUUUACCACAACGUCUUUUAUAAGGGAUUUAGAAGUGACAAGGAAAAUUUACUAAAAUUGAGUUUAAUAAUUUUAUUUAACUAUAUUUGUGGUGGUUCAACUAUGAGAACAUUGGAGAAUGAUUUCUUUUUUUCGUCUUCAGGAAAUUUAUUAAUCUCUUAUUUCUUUUUGUAA